GCAACCUGAAAAGGACAUCGCGUCAUGUGGCAGCUUGCUUCUGCUAUCGCCGUGAGCGCUGUCUUGGUGAUUUGGCUGCAGCCCAAGGAUGCCAGGAAGGCCCUGGUGCCGCCGGUGCAGACAGGCGCCGAGAACGCGACGGCGACGGAUAAUUCCACAGCGACUGCUAGCGCGGAGGCAAAGGCCCCGCGGAAAGGCAAGGGCAGCAAAGGCCCUCCCUACCCCCGGCUGCCUGCAGAAGAGCGCACCAGCGCGAGGCGCUGGACUCUUCAGGAGCUGGCCCUGCACGACGGCGAGAGCCGGGAGAGGCCUUUGCUGUUGGCCAUCUUGGGGGAGGUCUACGACGUGGGCCCGGGGGAGAGGUUCUACGGGCCUGGUGAGGGGUACCACGUCUUCGCCGGCAAGGACGCGAGCCGAGCCUUUACCACCGGCCAGUUCAACGACGGAGCUGUUCCAGGACUGAAGGGUCUCCUUCCGGAGCAGAUCAGCGAUGUGAUCAGCUGGAGGUCCUUCUACCAGAAGAGCGACAAGUAUCGCUUCGUAGGAUAUCUUGUUGGGGACUACUACGACGAGGAGGCGCAACCUUUGCGCGCGCUGCUGGAGCUUGAGGCCCUGCAGUCCCAGACGGAUGCGAACCAAAAGGUCAUUGCGGACCUGCGCAGUCGUUUUAAGGCUUGCAACACCAAGAGCAGCCAGGAUGAACCUCAUUCGGAGAUAUGGUGUGACGACUCCUACCACGGGCAAGGGACGCGCCCGGUCUUCGUGCGAGCGAAGAUCACUGAGCUGGGCAAGGAGGACUCCUGGUGCGCGUGCCUCACUCCUGAGGCCAAAGCUGCCGCGCGGGAGGACCCGAAGUCCGGCUCGACCAUCAUCAGGCUGUCAGAGUAUCCUGAAUGUGCAGGCGACAAGCAGCGGUGUUUCCGGCCGAAAGCCGCCGGCCCGCCGCCGUGAAAAGCGGCGAUGGGCCGGAAGUUUGGUGGGCAACUCGAAGUCCAGUUGCGGGUUGUGUUUUUUGUGAGGG